GAUUUAUUCGGUAUUGUUAUACUUUGUAAUUUUCUGUUUUUCAAAAUCAUGUGAUAUAUACUCUGUAUGUCAUAUGAAAUACAACAAAGAAAAAAUUCGUCAAACUUAUUUAAAUCAUACCAUAAUAAUUUUGAAAACCAAUUAACCAAUAAUGAAAAAGUGAAUAUAACUUUUUGAUUAAUUUUUGAUUAAAAAAAAAAAAAAAAAAAAAAAAAAAAGCAGAAAAAUGAAAAAAAAAAAACAAUCACAUCCAAGCUUUUCCAAUCAUGCUCACACUACACACUUCACAGUUAGCGAGUCAGUCAACUACACUCUGAAACAAUGUCAACCAUCAUCUCCUCCAAUUCUUCUCUCCUAAUUCUCAACCCUUCUUCCAAAUCCAAAUCCCAACACCAAUUCCAAUCCCUCUCUUUCAACAACCCCUCCAAUUUCUCCCCAUCAAUUACAUCCCAAAACCAUCCCCAAUUCACCCCAAUUCCAAAAACCUUAACCCUAACUGACCCCUCAAAACCCCGACUUCCCACCAUCUCCGCCACCGCAAACGACGCCGCUAAACCCAGCGAAACCCUAAAAACCCGCCUCAAAAAUGGCGAAACCCUCUACGGUCUCUUCCUCUGCUCCUUCUCUCCCACCCUCGCCGAAAUCGCAGGCCUCGCCGGUUACGACUACGUCGUCGUCGACAUGGAACACGGCUACGGCGGAAUCCCCGAGGCACUAACUUGUCUCCGUUCCCUCGCCGCCACCGGAACUCCGGCGAUUCUCCGGUUACCGGAAUCCACCGCAGCCUGGGCCAAAAAGGCCCUUGAUUUGGGCCCACAAGGUAUAAUGUUCCCAAUGAUUGAAUCCCCAAAAGAGGCCCAAAAGGCCGUUUCAUUCUGCAGGUACCCACUCAAUGGAGUCCGUGGGGCGGCCCAUUCAAUAGUUCGGGCUUCCGGGUACGGUAUCGACGCGGGGUAUUUAGGUCAUUGUGAAGAUGAGCUGCUGAUCAUGUGCCAGGUGGAAUGCGAGGAUGCGAUUGAGAAAAUCGAGAAGAUCGCAGUCGUUGAAGGGGUGGAUUGCAUUCAGAUGGGACCGUUGGAUUUGAGUGCGAGUAUGGGGUAUUUGUGGGACCCAGGGAAUAAGAAGGUGAGAGAGAAGUUGAGGAAAGCUGAGAAGCAAGUGUUGGAGGGUAAAAUUGGAAAUGAGAAAAAUAAUGGUGGGGCCUACUUGGCGGGGUUUGCAAUGCCGCAUGAUAGUCCGGAGGAGUUGAAGUCACGUGGGUAUCACAUGGUGUCUGGUGCGGUGGAUAUACUGCUGUUUAGGAAAGCUGCGGUGGAAGAUGUUAAGAAGUUUAAAUUGAGUUUGGAGAUUGGUGAUGGUUCGUCUGAUGAUGAUGAUCCAACGGCUGAGGGUGUCGAUGCUGAUGAUAAGUAUUGGAGUGAGUGAUUUUAGUUUAGUAAAAAUUGUGUUGUUUUUGUGAUGAUUGUUAAUUGUUUUUAAUUUAGGCAGUAAAAAUUGAGUUUGUUCGAGGUUGAAUUGUUAUUUAGCCUGUCAUUGUUUUACAUUAUUGGAGUGGGAGCUUAAAAUUGGAUAAGUUGUUAGUAAUUUGCACAUGGUAAAAUAAAGUGAUUUUUUGGAUUA